UAUUCGCUCCAUAAGACACACAGACAUUUUCCCCCAUUUUUUGGGGGGAAAAAACUGCAGACACAGUACAGGGAUGACCAGAGACUGCAGACACAGUACAGGGAUGACCAGAGACUGCGGACACAGUACAGGGAUGACCAGAGACUGCGGACAGUACAGGGAUGACCAGAGACUGCAGACACAGUACAGGGAUGACCAGAGACUGCAGACACAGUACAGGGAUGACCAGAGACUGCGGACACAGUACAGGGAUGACCAGAGACUGCGG